AUGAACAAAACACAAGAUGAGGAGCUGAGCGAAAGUAGCGCCAGUGAUGAGGAGUCGCAGGAUGAAGAACCUGGUCGUGAUCGUGGAAACCGUCUUGCUGACAUAACGGGAGAAGAUUUCAAUUUUACUUGGUCCUCAGAUCAUGUUUUGUUGUGCGCACUCAUCUCAUUUUACGGCAAGUGCUCGCUUCACCCUGCAGAGCCUGAGAGUUGGAUUCGAUCGACACCACUUCAAGUGCUCAUCUUUGAAUGCAUAUCGUCUGGGGUGCUUGAUUUCGACUAUGCUCCUGUUUUAACGUAUGUGUCGCAUCGAGGGACUAGUAAGCGGAUAUGGUUGAACCUGAGCCAGGAAGCUCAAUCUGCGUUGGAUGACUUGCAGGAGAACAAUGUCAUCCGCGUUCUGAAGAUGUAUACUGAGGACCAUAAGCCCUCGAGCUGUUUUCAGGUUUCGCCCAUAGGAAUACGGAUGCUCAAAAAUGUUCCAGCAUCGCUUUUUGAUGAGCUUAAACAUGUCGUCUACGUGCCUGAUAAACAGAACAGCUUCAAAGACAAGUUACAAAUUGAAUGGAGAGCUGAAGUUGGCAAAUUUGCACUUAAUUCCUUGAAGACUGGAUUUUCCAGAUAUUCUGCCAUCACCGACAUUGAAGAUGUAUCCUACGUCUCAAGUCCAUUUAUUCCCAAUUAUCUGAGACGAAGCAAAGAACCCUUGACAUCGAAUCUGAAUCGUGCCGUGGAAGCUUUCAGAGGCAAGACUAAUAUCAUGGAUGCAGACUUGAUGGAAGCAAUCAGCUUGGGAAACGUGCGCAUCACUUUGCAAGAAUGGAUUCCUUUCGGAGAAAACUCCUUGACUUACAUCUCAACCAACAUUGGUGUUAAAGAUAGAUGCCAAUUUGCUCGAUUUAGCUCUCAGAAGCUUACAGAUUUCACAGGGAAUAACAUGUCAACAGACACUGGUCUCACAGAUGUGAAGAUCCUGGAUUUCUCUGAACAGAAAUUCUUAAACGUUGAGGCUGAAAUCAAGUACCCUGAAGAAGAAGGGAUCGUGCAAGUCGAGUUCUUCGGUAUCCAUGUGUCUGCACGAGGACACAUUCUGUUUGGGUUGGAAAUUGAAUCGAUCAUGACACGGAUGAAAGAUGACAUUUCCAUUGAUCUCUUGAGCAGAACCAUUGUAGACAUCAUGCAAGAUUCUUCCACAAUCAUUGAGAGCAUCUUGACUGAGAAUCAGAAGGACCUCCUGUUCUCACUCUUUCAACAAAGUCUUCACCUUCGGCCCAAGUACAACUGCUUCUUGGCACAAAAGAUAGACCCCCUCUUCCUCUCAUUUUCUCAAUACAUGGACGGAGGAGACCAUGAAAAUGAAAUCGCACAAUUGAUCGGCAGCGUACGCUCUGGGCAUGACCUUGCCAAGCAACAUUUUCUUUUCGUUGGCAGCACUGGAAUUCUCCUUGUUGGGGAACAGGCCCACGAGUAUGACUCGUUUCUUGUGCCUUACUGUAGUCUGCAAUCCUUACAGCUCAUAACAGGAGUAUUGUUCGAAUGCUUCAACCACUUGAAUUCUCUUAUCGACGAAGGCCUGAGGCUGCUGCAGGAGCUUGAAUCCAACCCUUAUAAUGUCGCGAGGAUACAGUUUGUGAUGACGCACUCGUUCAAGGAACUGCACAAGUUGGAUCUCGUGCUUAAGCACAUCUCAGAUUCCAUCAAGGAGGCCGCCAUGCCACCA